AUGGGCGACACCCUGAUUGAGGCGCCUCUGGGCAGCCACGCGGCACCGCACAAGAAGACGGCCCCGUCAACAUUACCGGGCUUGGGCAACUUCGAAGGCGCGGCCGUCGAGGGCGGCGACGAGUAUGGGACGCUGAAGAAGCUGCAGGGACAGCUUGAGUACAUCCAGCUGCAGGAGGAAUACAUCAAGGAUGAGCAGAGAAGCCUCAAGCGCGAACUUGUCCGCGCACAAGAGGAGAUCAAGCGCAUCCAGAGCGUGCCGCUUGUCAUCGGCCAGUUCAUGGAGGCUAUCGACCAAAACACUGGCAUCGUGCAAUCGUCGACCGGCUCCAACUAUGUCGUCCGCAUCCUGUCCACCCUCGACCGCGAACUGCUCAAGCCCUCCUCGUCUGUCGCGCUACACCGGCACUCGAAUGCCCUUGUCGACAUCCUGCCACCCGAGGCCGACUCCUCCAUCGCCAUGCUGGGCUCGGACGAGAAACCCGAUGUGACGUACGCCGACGUUGGCGGCCUAGACAUGCAGAAGCAGGAGAUCCGCGAAGCCGUCGAGCUGCCCCUCACCCACUUUGACCUCUACAAACAGAUCGGUAUCGAUCCGCCGCGCGGUGUGCUUCUGUACGGUCCUCCUGGUACGGGAAAGACCAUGCUGGUCAAGGCCGUGGCCAACUCGACCACGGCCAACUUCAUCCGUGUUGUCGGCUCCGAGUUUGUUCAGAAGUAUCUGGGUGAAGGGCCUCGCAUGGUGCGCGAUGUCUUCCGCAUGGCGCGUGAGAAUGCCCCUGCCAUCAUUUUCAUUGACGAAAUCGAUGCUAUUGCCACGAAGCGUUUCGAUGCGCAGACCGGUGCCGAUCGUGAGGUGCAGCGUAUCCUGCUGGAGCUGCUGAACCAGAUGGACGGCUUCGACCAGACGGCCAACGUCAAGGUCAUCAUGGCGACGAACCGUGCCGACACACUGGAUCCUGCCCUGCUGCGGCCCGGUCGUCUCGAUCGCAAAAUCGAGUUCCCCUCGCUGCGCGACCGUCGGGAGCGCCGUCUCAUUUUCUCCACAAUUGCAUCCAAGAUGAGCCUGGCACCGGAGGUCGACCUGGACAGCCUGAUUGUGCGCAACGAUCCCCUGUCGGGUGCGGUCAUUGCGGCGAUCAUGCAGGAGGCGGGCCUGCGGGCAGUACGCAAGAACCGAUACAACAUUAUCCAGGUGGAUCUGGAGGACGCCUACUCCAGCCAGGUGAAGACCACGAGCGAUGAGAACAAGUUUGAUUUCUACAAAUAG